AUGUUUUGGAAUCCAUUCUUCGCCUAACCAAAUACUGAAAUCAGUCAUUAUUUUAAAAUUGUUUAAGGUCCAAAUAUAAGUAUUGUUGUUUUAGACGAAUAAGAUAAGAUCUUAGAUAAUUUCUAUUAAAUCAAAUCUUAUAAUGUCGCUGUAGAUAUUUAAUUUAAUUCAAACUAUGCAUUCUUACAAGCUGUUGAAUACUUAGGAAGUCUAAUUAUGGUGAUAUCAUAAGAUGAUAAAUUGAAACUCACUUUCCAGGAAUGCCAAUAUGGAAUGAAUGAAUGCUCAACAGCUUUAUAAACUUAACUUGAUUAUAAAUUGACGAAAGAAAACACGUGUAUUUCGAGCUACUUAGACUAAAUUUCAAUUUUGACUUUGAUAUCAUCAGAACAACUGUCAAAAAUUAUUUAUAAGGGUCCUGUUGAUGUUUAAAAGGAAAUCUUCACUUUGGAUAAAGAAAAAGAAAUAGAUAUAAUGACAUCUUUUACAUUUACUUUAGUACUAUCCUCAUCGAAAUAAUAAGUCGUAUAUGUCUACGAAAUAGCUUUGUAGAUGAACUUAUUAUACUCAUUUUCAUCCAAAGAUUAUGAAUUUAUUAAACCGAAUAAGCUAUUUAUCUAGUAGCUUAGUAAAAGUGAGAGUUGCUUGCUUUUCUUGUUUAAUAAAUAAGAUCAAUUAUUGGUGAUUCUUUAUUUAGACUUUAGUCUUCAUUAUGUUGUCAAUUAGAUUUAAAUAAAAGAUGUUGAAAACAUCAAAUUCCUAAUGGUAAGCCCGAAUAUUGUGUUUGCAUAGAAGAGGAAAAAUGGAAAGCAUGAAAUUUUAAGUUAUUUCAUGUAGAGUUUAUGCAANAAUAUUGUAUAUCUAUAACAUUAUAAUAAUGAAUGGAAUUUAGAAGUAUAAUGGUGUAAAUAUAAAAUUUUUUCCUAUGAUUUUGAUUUCUAGCAAAAAAAGUAUAUAGGAAUUGGAAAAUCAUUUUUUUAUGAAUCGUCAUAACCAAACUAUUUACUGAAACUCCCCUUUGAUCCAAGUAAUUACACUACAUAUCUAAUUGGUAGAUAUAGCAAUUUAGCUUCUUCUGAAUCCUUAAUACAAAUAAUAAAUAAUGAAAUUACAUACAAUAUGGUAGGUGAUUUCUCAUAAGUCUUAAUUGAUUCAUAGAGCAAUGAAAUAUUUUCAAUUAAGGAAACAGAAUUUUAAGGCUCACAAACUAGUACUAUGUUAAUUUGGUCUACCAUCCUAUUGACGAGACAGACUUGAAUGUCUACUAAGCAUAGGUAAUUCAUCAAGGUUGCACUUUGAAUAUUGAAUAUUAAACUAUUGCCUCUGAUAGCUAAUAAUUGAUAUAAGUACGAAAAGAUGAAUUUAUGUUUUGGAAUCCAUUCUUCGCCUAACCAAAUACUGAAAUCAGUCAUUAUUUUAAAAUUGUUUAAGGUCCAAAUAUAAGUAUUGUUGUUUUAGACGAAUAAGAUAAGAUCUUAGAUAAUUUCUAUUAAAUCAAAUCUUAUAAUGUCGCUGUAGAUAUUUAAUUUAAUUCAAACUAUGCAUUCUUACAAGCUGUUGAAUACUUAGGAAGUCUAAUUAUGGUGAUAUCAUAAGAUGAUAAAUUGAAACUCACUUUCCAGGAAUGCCAAUAUGGAAUGAAUGAAUGCUCAACAGCUUUAUAAACUUAACUUGAUUAUAAAUUGACGAAAGAAAACACGUGUAUUUCGAGCUACUUAGACUAAAUUUCAAUUUUGACUUUGAUAUCAUCAGAACAACUGUCAAAAAUUAUUUAUAAGGGUCCUGUUGAUGUUUAAAAGGAAAUCUUCACUUUGGAUAAAGAAAAAGAAAUAGAUAUAAUGACAUCUUUUACAUUUACUUUAGUACUAUCCUCAUCGAAAUAAUAAGUCGUAUAUGUCUACGAAAUAGCUUUGUAGAUGAACUUAUUAUACUCAUUUUCAUCCAAAGAUUAUGAAUUUAUUAAACCGAAUAAGCUAUUUAUCUAGUAGCUUAGUAAAAGUGAGAGUUGCUUGCUUUUCUUGUUUAAUAAAUAAGAUCAAUUAUUGGUGAUUCUUUAUUUAGACUUUAGUCUUCAUUAUGUUGUCAAUUAGAUUUAAAUAAAAGAUGUUGAAAACAUCAAAUUCCUAAUGGUAAGCCCGAAUAUUGUGUUUGCAUAGAAGAGGAAAAAUGGAAAGCAUGAAAUUUUAAGUUAUUUCAUGUAGAGUUUAUGCAAUAUAGUAUUCGAUAAGUCCUUACCCUAAUAUUAGUAUGAUAUGGAAAACUUACUCGAGAAUAUUGUACCCGGCCUAUAUUUGGAUGCUGUCUUUGUGAAAAGUUAAGAUAAGGUGUUGAUGUAUGGUCUUAGCAAUCCUAGGCAUGAUAGUUUAUUGAGAGAGUUUAGUAUUGAUAAAGAUGUGAAGGAUAUAUUUUUUGUAAAGUGGUGUUUAGUAUAUUUUUAAAAACAAAAACUCAUGAUAGAAUGUCCAAAUAGAGAUUUCUAAUUCAGUUAUACAAUUAAUAUGAACAAUGAUAUUUUUGUGCAAUAUAGCCUAUAGCCAAACUCAAGUAUCAUGUUCAAAUGAUAAAAGCAAAUUGAACAUAAAAUAGAAAUUCAAAUAUGUCAACUCGAAUACAAAAAUCGAAGUUUACCCUGAAAAACUCAACAUAGUGACAAAACUUGAUGAGGCAGAGUAAGAUAAUUUCGUUCAAGAUAUGGGAUCUGAUUGGUACUCUGGAUAAGUUGUUCGAUUCUAAUUGCUAAAUGACGACAGUAAUAAUAACAUAUAGAUCAUUGAAUAAAUAAAGGAGACUGAACAUAUGUUUUAUAAAGGUUCAAAAUCAAUUAGGAACUUUGAUGAUACUACAUUUUUUGUUCUUUACAACCAGACCUAUAGUUUGGUAGACAAAGCAAAUGGAGAUCUUAUUAAAGAGUUUACAUUCGAAGAUAAUGAUGUCUAUUGCAAAUCAAUUCUUUAUGGAUAAGAUUAAAUUUUAUACUUUCCUGCAUGUAAGGUAAGAAAGAUACGUUAUUUGGGAUCGUUUGCAAGAAUCAAGAAUGCUAGAGUAGCAAAGGCCUUCCAAUCGUUUAUGCUUUUGAUAAGGCAUUCAUAUUUGACAACAACUUGUUUUUAACCGAAACCUUCUCAAUAUAUGCUUGGGGCAUUUAAGAAUCAUUAUUAAGCCUUGAGAAAGCUAAAUAUUUUGGUUACAAAUAUUUUGAUAGAUAAUAAUCUUCAAAUACAAUAGUGAA